UUUGAUUCCCAAGUUUCUUUGGAAAGUUCAAAAUGAAAGAUAUGAAAAACAUAAAUGGGGCACAAGGAGCUUACAUGGGAAAGGCCAGCUCUGGUAGAGCUACGAUUUUGGCACUUGGGAAGGCCUUCCCUCCCCAACUUGUCCCUCAAGACUACCUGGUCGAUGGCUAUUUCAAGGAUACGAGCUGCGAUGAUUUAGACCUCAAGCAAAAGCUCACCCGACUCUGCAAGACGACAACAGUCAAAACCAGAUACGUGGUGAUGUCAGAAGAGAUACUGAAGAAGUACCCAGAGCUAGCAAUGGAAGGCCAAGCAACCAUAAAGCAGAGACUGGAGAUAUGCAACAAAGCUGUGACAGACAUGGCCAUUGAAGCCUCACAAGCUGCCAUUAAGAACUGGGGAAGACCAGUUUCAGACAUUACCCACUUAGUCUAUGUAUCUUCAAGUGAAGCUCGCCUACCUGGUGGCGAUCUCUUCCUAGCGAAGGGCCUUGGGCUCAGCCCUCACACCCAGAGACUCAUGCUUUACUUCAUGGGUUGCUCUGGAGGCGUGGCAGGCCUUAGAGUCGCCAAAGACUUAGCUGAAAACAACCCCGGAAGCCGAGUUCUGCUUGUCACCUCUGAAACCACCAUUAUUGGCUACAAGCCACCGAGUGCAAAUCGGCCAUACGAUCUGGUAGGCGUGGCCUUAUUUGGGGAUGGUGCAGGGGCGAUGCUAAUUGGCACAGACCCUGUUUUCGGCAUUGAACGGCCACUCUUUGAGCUCCACACAGCAACCCAGAAAUUCAUUCCAAACACCCAGAACAUAAUCGACGGGAGACUGUCGGAGGAGGGUAUUAGCUUCACAAUAGCAAGAGAUCUCCCUCAGAUAAUCGAAGAUAACAUCGAAAAUUUCUGUGAGGCAUUUCUUCAAACACUUGGGCUGCAAGAAAAAGAAUACAACAAAAUGUUCUGGGCAGUACAUCCAGGAGGGCCAGCGAUACUGAGCAGGUUAGAGAAGAGACUCGAAUUGUUACCUGAGAAGCUGACGGCAAGCCGGCGAGCUCUGAUGGACUAUGGAAAUGCGAGCAGUAACACGAUCGUGUACGUACUGGAAUACAUGGUGGAAGAAAGCUUGAAGAAGAAGAUGGGCGGUGGGGAAACUGAGGAAUGGGGAUUGAUUCUGGCAUUUGGACCUGGGAUUUCGUUUGAAGGGAUUCUGACGAGGAAUCUUGCCGUCGGAGCAUAAUUUUCGUCUGGAUUAUCAGUCUGAAAAUUUCGAUUUCUGUUAUACGCUGCUUUCAGAAAGGUUAAUGGAAUGAUUCGUUUGA